AUGAUUUUUGCUGUUGAAUGUGCACCUCAACAAGGCGUAAUGCACUUAACAGUAACUAUUCCACAAGAGGGCGCUGUUGUAUUGUCCAGCUGCAAGAUAACCGGUGAAAUGAAGCCAGAAUUGUGGAUUCUUCCGGAUGGCACACGAAUUUGCACAGAUGGGCAAAACAGAUCCGAGAAGAAUGCAAAUUGCAAAGAUUUAACGAAGUUCGUCCAAGAACAGACUGUCAACGAUAAUGAAAAUCAUUAUUCUGAGGAUUCGGCAAUCAAGCAAUGCCAACAACGAAGCACACCAACAAAGUUCGACAGGUGCUACAAACAGUCCGUUGUUUCUCCGACGCAUAUCCAGAAAAGUGUGGAGCAGCUCUUUAGGCGUGAUACUUUAAGGAACAAACCGAUAUUCGUUGUUUGGAUAAAAAGUGAUGGAAUAUUGCUUAGUUCAAAAGGUCAGUUGAGACCCAGUGUUCGGGCGAAAGAUGACAGAAUAUCGUUCAUCAUUUUGAGGAACCAAACUGAUGUCCCCAUGUUCGGGCAAAAAAGACGGAAUAUUGCUUCACUAUGA